UCAAGACAGCUAGGAUGAGUUUAACGUUUGAGGAAGGUGGGAGCAUCAUCUUCAAGAACCGGGAUGAGCUGGUGGAGUUCAUUAAGAGCUCAGCGGAAACUGCUAGCACUGCUUACUCUAUGGACGUGUUCUGGCUUAUCAUCUGUGCUGGACUAGUGUUCCUCAUGCAGGCUGGAUUCGCUCUGGUGGAAGUGGGAAGUGUCAGAAUAAAGAACACAAAGAACAUUCUAAUAAAGAAUAUGCUAGACGCUUGUAUUGGAGCUCUUUCUUUCUGGCUUAUCGGUUAUGCUUUCGCUUUUGGAGAAAACAACUCCUUUAUAGGUGCGGAUGGGUUCGCACUGAAGACUCUGGAUAUACCGCAAGAAGAAACUCCGGACAGGUUGUAUCAGGGAAAUAAUUACGCUUUCUUUUUCUUCCAGUGGGCAUUUGCUGCCACAGCUGCCACUAUAGUUUCAGGCGCAGUAGCUGAAAGAUGUCAGGUCAUUGCCUACUUUAUCUACUCUUUCAUGCUCACAAUAUUCGUGUAUCCUGUGGUCGUUCAUUGGGGUUGGUCCGGAAAUGGAUGGGCCUCCGCCUUCAUUAAACCGGAAGAUAGGCUAUUCGGGGUUGGAGUUAUAGACUUUGCUGGCAGUACUGUUGUCCACAUGGUGGGAGGACUGACGGCCCUUAUUGGGGCCAUAUUCCUGGGGCCCCGUACCGGGAAAUAUAGAGGGGGCGAGGUGCAGGUUAUGGUGUUUCAGAGUUCUACUUUCCAGACUCUCGGGACUCUGAUCUUGUGGUUCGGAUGGUACGGGUUCAACUGUGGCAGUACAAUAACCAUAGCUGGUGCUGCAUCAGAUGUAGCUGGUAAAGUUGCUGUUACAACUACAAUUUCAGCCGCCAGCGCAGGUGUCACAUCCACCAUAAUGGGUGUUAUUUUCGAGGGACACAUCAACAUUGGCAGAACAAACAACGGUAUUUUGGCGGGAUUGGUCAGCAUUACAGCUGGAUGUUCAGUGGUGGACGUAGAGUUGGCUUUUGUUGUUGGUAUCAUCGGUGGAAUAAUCUACUUCUCCUCUUCUCAGCUAUUAGUGUUCCUGCGUAUAGAUGACGUAGUGGACGCUUCCCCUGUCCACUUCUUCUGCGGAAUGUGGGGCACCAUUGCAGCUGGAUUGUUUGCGGAGCCGGAUAAUGUGAAGAUGGCCUAUGGUACUGGGAGUUGUGGGCUCUUCUACAAGUGCAAUGGAAACGGAGGAAAGCAGUUGGGAGCGAACUUGGUGUUCAUCCUCGCUGUUUCUGCAUGGGUCGGCCUUUUCGCUUUCAUCAUCUUCGGACUUCUAAGCCUGAUGAAGCUGCUACGAGUAUCUGAAGAGACCGAGAAGAUGGGUCUUGACAUAAAGGAACACGGUGGAGCUGCGUACGAGAUGAACGCAAGAAGAUCCGUAUGGGACAGCUUCAGCAAAGAUGCGAAACGAACUAGGAGGUCCAGGAAGGAUUCAAACAGCAGAUCUGAAGGGGUGGUCCUCGAGAAUGGGACAAAUAUUCCGGAACCAGUUCCAGAGGCUGAAGCUUAAAGCUUGACUUAUCUUUAUGUUACCCUAAACAUGAUGUCCCGGACAAUAGGACUUUAUUAUAAUUAUUGUUAAUAAUAAUAAUAUGACUUUAUUAUGGUUGCGAUGGGCUUCAGCAGUUUCAGUAGAGUUUAUUCGCUUAAGAACUCCGUAAAUAAUGGAUAGGUCUGAUGUUUUUGCUGGUUAUUUAAUGACGUUGCAGUGAUUGUUUUUAUAUGGUUUGUUCAAGAUUAACAUUACAAUUACUUACAUAUUUGAUACAAAAGAAACGCCAUUUUCGGACGUGAGGAGAGUUAGGACUCCUCCAACUACAUUAAAUCAAUUCCUUCUGUAACGUCCUCAAUAAAUGUAAUAGAUUUGUAGUGUUGUAAUUAGUUUGAAAUCUUAGUUUAAAACAUAGAUUUUUUUACAGUAUUACUAGUUUAACUAUUAUUUCGUUGACAAGAUAUUAUUAUGAUGUGGGUUCAGCCUGAUCGCCGAUAAUUGAGGAAGAUUUUAUAAAUACGAUAAUAUAAUGGUAAUUACUUUACGUAGACAUAUUUUUCUAUUCAGAUAAAUGUAUCUAAUUGACAUAAAGUACUUUUAGUCCAAUCUCUGCGUUUAUAUAUUUUGUAAUUCUUAUGUCAACUAUUACUCUAUAGGCUCAUUAUCAAUAAAACCAACUUUAGAU